GAAGUAAGGAGAUGACCAUUUGUUUUUCUUUCCAUGUCAGUUGAGAAAUAUAUGAGUUAGUAAUAGCUUUGUUUGUAAGCUAUUUGAAUAACUAACAUUUGUGGGAGUGUUGUCCAGCUUCUCUCCAGAUUCUGACUCAGUCUGAGUGAGGCAGAGGUGCUGCUCCUCGUAUACAAGUCCCAGAUGUUUUUCCUGUACCUGGACAUUGUCCAUCGGAAGAACCUCUGAGUAUUGAUAUGUUUGUGAAGUCUGGAGAAGAUGAACUGCAUCAGUCUAAGCCAAGCAGUGGGUCAAGAAAGUACUGGGGACUACUGGGGACAGGAGUACUGGGAGGAACAUUGGUUUUAUUAUAUGCUGUGGCAACCCCAUUUGUAACCCCAGCUCUCAGAAAAAUCUGCCUCCCCUUUGUACCAGCAACUUCAGCUCAGAUAGAAAAUGUACUGAAAAUGCUUCGACUGAGAACAGGAUCGCUGGUUGACAUUGGAAGUGGCGAUGGGAGAAUUGUUAUUGCAGCAGCAAAACAAGGAUUUAAAGCUGUUGGAUAUGAGCUGAACCCUUGGUUGGUUUGGUACUCCAGAUACAAAGCAUGGAGAGAAGGCGUACAUCACAACACAGAGUUUUAUAGGUCAGAUUUGUGGAAGGUCUGCUUUUCACAGUACACCAAUGUAGUAAUCUUUGGGGUUCCGCAAAUGAUGUCACAGUUAGAGAGUAAGCUUCAAAAUGAGUUGAAAGUCACUGCUAAAGUGGUUGCCUGCAGAUUCCCUUUUCCUACGUGGUUACCGGAUGACAUCACUGGGGAAGGAAUUGACACUGUAUGGGCAUACGAUGCCCAGACAUUUAAACUGGCAAAGCCAGAAGCUUCUGCAGUGGCAAGUAAUGAGAAAUGAUGAAACAAAGCAUACCAAAAGACUUUUAAUAAAAGAUAUUGUCAAGAUUUUUACAAAAUGGGAUUCAUUCUGUAUUUGUGUGAAACCUUUUAUUGAAAUGGGGUUGUUAGUCUAAUUUAAUUAUAGAUAAAAAUGUACAUUGUGUGGCGUGCAAAAAAAUAACAUUUUUAUUUUCAUUUGUUAUUUAUGCCGAAGUUGUGUUUAUUUCAACAUAUUAAAAUAUGUUUUUAAGAUGCUGUAGUUAAUUGAAAUUUAGGAGCUAAAUCUACCAAAACUCCAUAUUUAUGGGGUGUCAUAGUUAAUGCCGAAAUGGUGCUGCAGGGCAGAGCGUUCUCUAGAAAUAUGAGUGCCAUUACCAGCCUUUCCCAUUGGCAUCAUAAUCACAUAUACAGUAUGUCAGUAGUAGCGUGCGCUCCAUUUUAUUAAAUGUACACUACAUAAAGAUUCUUUGGACAUCUCUUCUAAAUAAAGCACCAGUUUGAUAGUCCGUUGGCCAUAAUAGAUUUGUGUAGUUCACAUAUUGUAGUCCAUGUGUGUAUCCGUCAAUAAUUAGCUACCUUUUUGUUUCAACUUCACUGUACACAGAAAAAAAAAUGUAUAUGAUUCACACUUAAUAUUUUCAAUCUGAACCAAUAUAAUUCUUUUUAGCUU